UCUGUUGUGAAUUCAUGUCGUGUCGCAAGCAACCGUGUACCACUACCAGUGAUGUCAUCAGUCUAAAAAUAUUGAAAUGACAUCGCAUAAACUAAAAUGGCUGCCUCGAGUCGAAGAAGGAAACUACACGAAGUCUAUGGCCGAAUAUGAAUGACUGUUAUACCACACGAUACAGUAAAAUCUUUUAACAUAAUUCAAUCUAAUUUCUCUUUGAAAAGAAUAUAAAAACCCUAGCCCUGAUUCUGUCGGAUUUUUGGGAGGAUUUCAGAUGUGAAACUUGUAUCUUUUAACACCACUUACAUUCAUUACACAAGUUGAAACACUGUGAAUGGCCGUUGAAUGAGGAAGUAAGAACUUCAAGAGGCUUGGCUGACUCUUGUCAGGGCGGAGUGUUCAAUUCACCAUCAGCUGUGGGAGGUUCCGAGUGCAAUCAUCAUGGCUUACCACUCCCAGUCACUGGGCCGUUCUCUCUCAGUGACAAGCUUGGACGGUAUUCAGGUGCGUCUUGGGGAACGUUUUAAACCACCAGAGAAAGUCUCUUUACCUUUGGGUUACAAGGAGCCAAACCCUUCUGCAAUACUGAAUGAAACCCAGUACUCGUUUGAAACAGAGCGGACAUUCCUGCAAUUUCUGGAAGCCCAGCGAGCCGCAGAUGCAGCUAAGGAGGCCAGCAGGCAACAGGCCAUGGAAGAACAGAGAGCCGCAGCUACCAGCCCCGUCCAGCUCCCCAAUGGAAUCCUGCAACCGACCAACGCUCCAGCCAGCCAGUCGGAGCCGAAAAACCACUCCAUUCCACCGAUGGCCAGUCUUGGCGGUGACAUCAUGAAACCGGUUCCCCUGACCACCACCAACAAUAGCAGCAGUGGCAGUAGCAGCAGGCUACCAGCUGCAUCUGCAAACCGCAAGCAGAACUUUGACCUGGCCGAUUUCGAGAGCAAUGCCUCGGAUCCGUUUGAGUCGACAGAGCUGGAAACGAUCAACGACCUGGAGGAACUGAAAAGCGUAUUGGCUUUUACAAAUGUCCCAGCUCAGCCAGGAUCAGUGGCAACCGAGCAACCACUGCGAUCCCCUGACCUGUCUCUGGAGGUUGAUGCUUGUCCAUUCGAAACGGAAACGGACACAGUCAACAUUGAAGCCUCGAGCACUCAGGUUUCGUACAAACCCAGUAAACCAGACAAACACCCCAGUAAGCCGCAAAGUGGGUCGACAGGGAUAAACAGACCCAGCAAUCAAGUGACUAACGGUCAAGUUGUGACCAGCCCUGUGCGUCAAACACCGGCAAGAAACUCUGACCCUUUUGCUCGGAGUCCCCUGCCUCCGAUUAACUCAUCUCAAAGGGACAGUGCUUCGGCCGUCAAUCCAGGGGAAGAACCUUCCCGAUUGAUUGCUAGAGGUCCCAUGAUGGAUCACUCUGUUCAGCUUCCCACACGCAGUAGGUCACCACCACCAAGCUAUCAUGCUCAGGACUUUACUCAAUCCAGGACUUCGCCGGCACUCAGUCCUGUCGAACCUCCACCAAGCUAUCCACAGAGUGUGUUCUUAGAGACUGUCAACUGUACGCCUCUGCCAGCUCUUGACUUGGAGGUUAGCCAUGCAUGUUUCAUCCCAGUGCACGACCAUUUUCAUUCGAAUCUGAACCGCUACACUCCUCUCCCACCCUCCCCUCACCAGUCCCGGGUGAACUCUGUGGACCAUGAUCAGGCAGUGCCACUGGACCCAGUCUUCAACAGCAUGAAUGCGGAGGACAGGAACUUUGUCCUGACGAUCUCUGCCAUGGGUUUCCCUCGGUCCCGAACGGCACGGGCAGUUAAAGAGCUUGGUCAUGACGAUAGACUGGUUGUUGAAUGGCUUUGCGCUGUGGAUCAUCUAUGCAGUAAGGGUUUCCCAGAAGAUCAAGUGGAGUUGGCUCUUAAUCUGCAGAACAGUGACAUACAGAGGGCUGAAGAAUUCCUCCUCCUCUGCCAGCGAUUUGAGGAACUGGGUUUCAAGUCGGAGGACGUCAGACGGGAGCUCAUUGUCCACGGCAACAACGAAGACACAGUUCUCAACGUGCUGACGGCAAAAAGCUGAGUAACUGUGAAACCUUGCCGGGAGACCGCUACCUGCAUUCGUACUUUGGAGCCCAGUUUUUGUCUCAAGCUUGAACGGGAUUUCCCCGUUUUUUUGGCAACUUUCAAAUGCACAGGCAUUAUCUCACCCUGAAUGGCACAGGUUCAAGGUAGUGUUGACAUCAGGCACCUGUUGGCCGGAGUAAAGACAGAUUUCUUAAGAUGUUAUGAUUAAGUAUAAAGUGAAACAUAAUGCAAGUAACUUGUUGACCUGUAUCAUCCUCUUCCAAUUUAAUGAUAACUUACAUGUACAUGUAUGUUGCAGACAUAUCUGGAAGACCAAUGAAGGUGCAUACAUUAUUAUUACCCCUGCUCACCAGGCCCAUAAACUAGCUCUCUCGGAAGUAUACUGUCUUAUACUGUUACUUCACAUAGCAAAUUGCUAAUUAUGCUCAGUGACUCUCUCUUCUUCACAAGCACCCAUGUAUACUUCCAGGUAAAAUGAGGUUAACAUGCUUAAGGUGAUUUGUCCAAGGUGACGGCAUGUAAAGUCACCAGUGGCUGGAUCUGAACCCCGGAUCUUAUGAUCGCCAGUCAUAAACCUGAACCAUUAUGCUAAAUGUCCCCAAUCACACCACAUGGAUUGCAUGAUGGUCUUUCCAUCCAUGGCCCUUAAUACACUCAUUAUAUUCAGGUGAAAGCUAAUGGCGCAGAUUUUUGCUGUCUCACAAAUUUCGGCUGUAAGUGCAUGAACACGUCAAAGCGUUUUUUUCUUUUUCCACCAAACUCUCUCUCUCUUUGGAAAAAAGAAAGAAAAUGAACUGAUACACGCAAAACCUUGGUUUGCACUACCUUUAAAACUGGAAUUUUUGCCUGUAAUAUUGAAUAAAUCGGCUGCGAUUUGGGCCAGAUUUGAAGAUGACAGGGCCUUGAUAAUUAUACCAUGAAUAUUCAUCACCAAGCAACUUUGUGCACAUUGCGUAUGUGCGUGUUACAUUAUGUGCAAAUGAGUAAACUUGUUAUAGUGUGUAAUUUUAUUAGUCGGGCACUGUCACAACAUCUUUGUAAAAAUAAGCAAGUAUGAUGUCGGUUUGCUGUGUCAGUCGGAAACUGUCUUGCUCAUCAUUGCAUCACAAAGCCACAGUGAACAGCAUGGUGCAGUAGAUGUGGAGGAAUGCCAUGCAACAUCAUUUUAUUUUAUCAGGCAAGAGAGCUUACAGUAAGUGAAGAUUUACGAAGUGGUGAUUUAAUUGCUUUUUCUUCCCACUAAUUCCCAGCUGUUACCGACCCCCUUCCACGUUUGGCAUGACUUGACAGAACAGUUGUUGACUGCGGCCACAUAUCCCCUCUAUCUUCCCUAGACAUGCAUUGUUUGGGCGUAAAAAAAUCAAACAUGCUGUCACAGCAGUCAAGAAUUGUUCAUGUCUUUGGAGGCUGCAUGUAACCUAUAGUAACACAUUUUGAAGAAUUUUGUUUGAGAUCAAAAUAUCUCAUAUUAACGUAGCAGAACUGUAACAGAAAUGAGAUGGCAAUAUUCAAGAUUAAGGUGUGGAAAGUUAAGGUAUUAAUUUCCCUACAAACCUUUGAACAGUUCAAAAUCUGAACGGCUACACUUGUUUAGAUCUUGAAAGCUUCCGAGGGUGGAUCCAGAACCACAUUUUCGGGGGGACCUUGUUUGGGAAGGUAAAACAAUUAGGAAACUUUCUUCAUGUAACCUCUUCUGGCUGUUCUGAGAAGUGAGGUUAAACUUGGGGGCUUUUUUCACGCUUUUGGAAGUAAGAGAAAUAAAAUAGACCAAGAUUGCCUGGUUGGUAACCACCCUAUAUCUGUUAAUAGUGUGACUUGUGUGCUUCAAAUAUACAGCCCUGGUAUUGUAAUUCUUGGCAGAUGAUCACAAAAGGGUGGUUUUUCUAAUAAGUCCGCAUUUAUGUAAUAGUUUUUUUUCUGGUGGACAGUAGAUAUGUUAUUAAAGAUGUCAGUUUUUGCCUGUCAAAUGUCAAUUGUGGAAGUUUGCAUUCUCCAACAAGUUUGUUUUCCUUGGUGACUCAAACUUUGGGUUGCUCAUCUUAAAUUCAACAUUCAUAUAUUUGAUUUCUUCAACAGAAUAUAUAUAGGAUGCUAUAAUUUAUUGUAAAUAAUAUUUGUCAGCUGUUCAAGAUAGUCCAGUGCUUAUUGAUGACUUUGUAGCAAUUCAGCUGUUGAUUUUCUGUUAUUUAGGUAUCUGCAAUGUGGUAUAAUAAAUAUAUUCGAUUUAUA